AUGUACUUUCCGUCUUUCGGCGGAUCAUCCGCCGUUCCAUCGGCAGCUCUGCCAAAUGCAAUUCCAAAAAAAGGCGAAGAAGGCGAAAAUAUUACGGGGAAAUUUGAUCCCACCGCACUGGAAAGGGGCGCGAAAGCCCUCAAAGAGUUGGAUAGCAGUCCAAAUGCCUCAAAGGCCUUCGAGGUUAUCAAGCUGCAGGAGAUGACGAAGCAGAAGGAGCUUCAGAAAGAAAUGGAACAGAUUUCUGCUGCGAGAGCCCACGCACAAACAGAGCGAACCAAGGCUGAGGGUGAGGAGCGGCGCAAGACAAUCGAUCACCAGCAAGAACAAGAAAGGCGCACUGCCCAGUAUAAGACCAGACUGGAUGCUGAGUCCUACCAGAAGAAGCUACAAGAUCAGCAGCGGCAGAAUGAAGAAUUCCUUCGCCAGCAGCACCAGCAGUUUUUGCGACAAGAGGAACAGAGGAAAAAGACCGAAGCUGAAGUGUUAGAGAUGCGCCGUCAGCAGCUGCGUGAGGAGAAAGCCCUCGAACAGAAGCUCCAAGCAGAGCGCAUCCGAGAGGAGGCAAAGGGCCGCAUUUUGCAAGAACGGGAAAACAUAGACGUCCAUCUGAGGGCGAUGCGUGCAAAAGCCGCGGAAGAGAGGAAGACGAAGCUAGAGAGUCUGCAGGCAACUUUCAGCUCUGUGGGAGCUGCGUUUUCGCAUUUAAUGACUGACAAAGCACAGCUCACCACUCUCGUGGGAAGCGUCACCGCUUUGGCUGCCGGAAUUUACGGAGCACGCGCCGCAGCCUCCAUUGGUGGCAGAUACGUUGAAGCCCGUAUGGGCAAGCCACCCCUUGUUCGAGAAACUUCCCGCUGGACGUUUGCUCGAUCCUUCUUUUCCCCUUUACGCUUCCUGAGAGGCUCUCGCGGUCCUGGAUCUGCGUCCGCGGCAUUGGAGGAGCGUCUAGUGCUGGAGCCAGAACUUGCGGAGCGUCUUCAAUGGACCACCAACUCGCUCCUCACUACUAAAGCCCACAAAGUGCCCUUCAGGCACCUCCUGCUGCAUGGACCUCCGGGGACUGGCAAAACGCUUUUCGCACGCACUUUGGCUCGGUCCUCCGGUAUGGACUACGCGAUCAUGACUGGAGGAGAUGUAGGACCGUUGGGUCGGGACGGCGCUUCUGAGAUCAAUAAAUUGUUUGCAUGGGCAGAGAAAAGCCGGAAAGGAUUGAUUCUUUUCAUUGACGAGGCAGACGCCUUCCUAAGGCAAGGACGAGCAGCAGUGGUCGGAGCAGGCUCGGAGGGGAUGAGUGAAGAUUCAAGAAAUGCAAUUUCCGCCUUCUUGCAUCACACAGGCACGGAAACCGACAAAUUCUGUGUUGUUCUCGCUACCAACUGCAGGGAGAUCUUAGAUCGGGCAGUGCUGGACCGCGUUGAUGAGCAAUUCGAAUUCCCCCUUCCUGGGGCCGCCGAGCGACUGCGGAUGUUACAGCAGUUUAUGGACCGAUACCUGCGAGGGAUUGGGGCAGAGGGGAAGGACAAACAAAAGCUAAAGGGAAUUGUUAUUGAUGAGCGGAUCGAUGAAGCUUUUAUGCAGAUGGUUGCGGAAAAAACCGAGGGAUUUUCAGGCAGGCAGCUCGCCAAGCUCGUACUGGCGAUGCAGGCUGCCGUGUUUGGAUCCGGGACAAAUACGCUCACACGGGGCGUUGCUGCUGCAGUGUUGGACUGGAAGGUAAAGCACUUGGCGGAGGACGUAGAGAUGUUUGAUAGACAGAGGAGAGAAGUAGAACUAAAACGGAUGCACAUAAAGGAGUGA